AUGCCUUCGCUGCUCGACUCGCCGCCGCAGAUCCCGGCCGCCGCCGGCGCCUGGGGCUCGCUGUACGCUGUCCAAGAACCCGUGAAACCUCGUCACGUGGUGGUCGUCCCGGCGGCUGCAGUUGCCAAGAAGCCGGCGACGGCGUACUACGGCGGCAGGAAGAAGAACCUGGAGACGUGCACCGAGGCGCUCGGGUGCGAGACCGGCGCCGUCGACGCCGCGCCGCCGGCCUGUAACGGCGCCGACGACAAGGGCGACGCUGAAGUGGAGGAGGCUGCUGAGUGCGCGGAGAGGAAGCGGCGCGCCCGGGAGGAGGAGGAGGAGAUGGGGGAGAAGGCACGCCAGUCGUCGGCGCGCCGGCCACUGCCCCCGCCGCUGACGACGCUCGCGCGCGGCGCCAGCCGCGUGCGGAUGGUUCACGAGCGGCGCGACGGCCGACUGGCCGUGUACGCGGUGCGCACGCCAGGGGUGGAGGCCGAGCGGAGCGGCGGCCGCCUUCGCAUGCGCCUCAUCUCCCUCCCCGGCGCCAGCGGCUCCACCGCUUGUGCUUGCCGUCGACAAGAACUGCCUGAAGCAGCAGAGGCCAAGGAGGAGGUGGUGGAGGAAGGGGAGUGCGGCGGCGUCGUCGCUAAGUACGUGCGCGGCGGCCGGUGCGUGGAGCCGGAAGGUGGUGCCGCCGCGGCGAGGCGCGGCGCCAAGCAGUGGGAGCAGGAGCAGGCUGCCGCGUUCUGGGUCGCCACCUCCUGA